AUGGAUAUUUCAACCUGUCAAUUCCUGACUGUAACUCAAAACCAAAACUUUGAACUGAAAUAUUUUUUGUUGUGUUUUAGUAACGAAUCUAUCGGUGUGACAACUGGCCGAGCUUUCUGUGGUGUGGUGGGUCACAGAGACAGACAUGAAUAUACAGUUAUCGGCCGAAAGGUAAACAUGGCCGCCAGGCUAAUGGUAAACUAUCCCGAGGUCUUGUCUUGUGAUGACGACACGUACAGAUCAGGAAAGUCGAAGUUAAAGAAAGAAGAUUUCGUCAUCUUGCCUUUUGUAAAGCUGAAAGGAAUUGCUGAACCAGGAACAGUCAGGGAAUACAACAAACAUCACGACCGAGAAGUUGAAGAAGAAGACAAAAAAAAAUUCGCUUCGAAACGUACAGGUCGAGGAAAGGAGAUAAACGACAUGAGGGAACUAUUGCACGCCAUUAAAUGUGACGACACUCAUACAAGUGGAAAUAGAAGAGUUGUGGUGAUAGAAGGAGAAGGAGGAAUUGGAAAAACCAGAGUGCUGGAGGCGCUUAUGGACAUUGCAGAAGAUGAAAACUUCAACAAAAAAAAAUUCGCUUCGAAACGUACAGGUCGAGGAAAGGAGAUAAACGACAUGAGGGAACUAUUGCACGCCAUUAAAUGUGACGACACUCAUACAAGUGGAAAUAGAAGAGUUGUGGUGAUAGAAGGAGAAGGAGGAAUUGGAAAAACCAGAGUGCUGGAGGCGCUUAUGGACAUUGCAGAAGAUGAAAACUUCAAAGUUGAUUACGUGGAGGCUGAUAUGGCGCAUGCGCACACCCCUUAUUACGUAGUGCAGACUCUCAUUACAAACCUACUAGAGCUGGACACCUGCCGAACGACCUCGGAAAGGGAGCAUGCUCUGAAGGAGCACAUUACUGACCAAAAGCUGCGGGAAAAGAUGUUUCUGUUGAAUGACCUGCUUGGCACACAUGUAAGGAAAAUAUGCUUGCACGCAAUUUUGGAGGUUUCAUUGCAAUUGAAAUUCUACUUUCAGUUCGCAGUCAGUCAGCCAUGUCUGUUUACAGUGGAUAACGCGCAGUUUAUAGAUGAAGAAUCAUGGGACUUCCUUGAAGACCUUUCUGCCGAUUCUCACGCCAUCUUAGUACUAUCGCUCAGGCCUUUUUCAUCAUCUAACCCACCGUGCGAGGCAGCCAUUAGACUGAUCGGACAUGAUAUGACCAAGAAAAUCAAGUUGGGUAUAGAUGGCCUGCCUGCCGAGUACAUGAGCGAUCUGGCCUGUCAGUUUAUGGAUGCAAUGUAUGUACCCAAAGAGUUGGACGAAAUCUUACGAAAGAAGAGUCAUGGCAUUGCGUCCUGGUGUGAACAACUUAUCAAGGACAUGCUCACAAGUAGUGUUAUCCAGAUCGUCACGGAGAGCCAAGCCUUCCCUGAUAAAGAACCAGCUUUGGACGUCAUAAAUUCAUUAUGCAGCUCUAAUACCAGCACGGCUUUACAAAAACACAAAGAACUGGUUGAUUUUACCCGACCCAAAACUCCAUUUUAUGGACAAUCGCGAGACGAAGAUCUGUCGCGGAGGGCAAGUAUUUCGGAACCGAGAAGAAAAAGCUUGGGGGACGCGCUGACGUUUUCUCGAAAAGAAAGACGACGGUCUACUGGAACCACCUUUCAGCUUAGUGUACCAAGUAGCCAGUUUGAAAUUAAGGCGACAAUGCAUGAGCCAGAUCCAGAGUCAAGCAGAGGGUCCCGCCGAAGUAGUAUCUUUCCGGAAGAGGAUCCCAUUCAGGAAGGUCCCGUGUUCAAUUUGGACCCAGCUAACUUUGUACAUGCGUCAGAGAAUUCGAUGCCGCUGGACACCAAAAAGGUCUGCAUCGUCAGUCCUGGUAUUGACAUUUCAAAAGUGGUUGUUCCAGAGUCCGUCAAAGACAUGGUGCUCGCUCGUGUGGAUAGAAUGAUGCCUUUAGAGCAGGUUACCUUGAAAUGCGCAAGUAUUUUAGGCUCUGAAUUUCAUAGAAGCGUGCUUCAAGCGAUUCUGCCGAGGUCCACUCGAAAUAGCUUCGAUUUGGUUUUGUACAAUCUCGCCAAAGAAUCGAUUCUAGAGUGUGCAAGCUUGGCUUUACAGCAUCAAAACGCCCACAAUCAUCACGGAUUCUACGACUUUAACGACCCAACGCAUGCUCAGCACCACGCCCAUCAUCACCAUCAUCACCAUCACCACAACGUGGCAAGCUCCAUCCAUACACAAGUCUACUGUGGUUGCUAUGCUGACGAGAUGACCAAGGUCAUAAACCUGUCACGACUUAUGACUCCAAGUGGACCCAAAAAGCAUUGCUUAAAUCUGAAAUUCGUCAACACGUAUGUUCAAGAGACCACAUACUCGCUUUGGCUCGAAGAUCAAAAAAGGGAACUGCAUGAGAAAGCUGCCAUGUUUCUUGAAUCGCAGGCUCAUAAGUGCAAGGCAUGUGGUGGAGGAGGAUUUGUAGCUAGCGUGGGUGAAGGUCAGGAUGAUCGAGGAGGCAAGGGACAACCAAAAGUCAGCGGUACAUCCGGGAGAUCACAAGGAGCGUUUUCGUCCAAGAUGGCGAAACGUAGAAAAACAGUGGAGAUGAGAGACAAAGUGCAGAGUCAAGGAGCGUUUUCUGCGCGUGCGCAUGAAAGAUCUGCUGAGACUCCAGGAACCAGUAGUGCUCUGGAGAGAGGAGAUAAAACGGAGUCUCCAGUAGUGAGCCAAAAAGCCACGCUUAUAGAGAAAACUGGGAUCGGAGGUGCAUUUGCCGCCACUUCAGGGCCCUUCAGUAAUGCAGUCGUUGGUCAAGCUGUGGAUGAUCGCAGGCCUAGCUGCUUAGAGAGAUUCUUUAAACGUCGAAAAAGUGUGGAUCCUGAGAAAGAGUUGCUUGAGCAGAAAGAAGGCGUUAUUGGGAAGAAAAAGCUCAGAAAAUUCUCUACUAAACGAAAUUUGACUGAUAUGAAAGUUAAUGAUUGGUUUGAUUAUCCAGGAUAUACUCCCAAACGUCCAACCACUCCUUUACUCGAGGAACAAGAAGAAGAAGAAGGAGAAGAAGAAUACGAUGACGACAUCGACUUAGGGGACCCUGAAGACGCUCAGCAAAGAGUGAUCGACUUAAGUAACUGUCAAUGUGCUGAGGUGCUCGCCUCAGUGUUUCCUCAACUUGUUGACCAUUGGAGAUCGUGUGGAAACAGAUUGAAGACAUUGCGUUACUUGACAGAGUCUGGUGCUGCAGCACUGGCCACCUCCUCUAACAUGCGAGCCUUGUCUUACUUGCAUGAGGUGCAGACCAUGAUCGAGCAGGCAAAGGAAGAAAAAGAACCUUUGGCUUCUGAAGAAGAAAAGGCGCGAGUCGAGAGUCUCAUUGGUCAGGUGAGCAAUUCAGUUGGUUGGGAGCCUGAACACAGAAUGGACCGGCAAGAGUCGAAUUCUAACCUGUACCAGCAAUCGAGAACCUUACAUAACUAUGUUUGCUUCUGCUGUGAUAUCGCCUUGUUCCACAUGAACCGUCUUCAUGAAGCUCUCACGCAUCUGACAGCGGCGCUACGCAUCCUGGGGAAGAAGCAACCCAACUCAGACUUCGGAUGUUACAUCAAGAUCUUAAAAGAAGCAUUACGUCAUUAUUUGCAUGUGUUUUUACCUGGCUACUACAUAGAAGGAGCUGGAGACAAUUCAACUCGAUUAGUUGAACAAUCCCGCUGUCUAAGCCACCUAAGUCACGUGUAUCACUCUCUACAUCAGAACAAUCGGUCCCUCAUGGCCGCCCUUCAGGAGCUGAACGCCGCUGAGGAAGCUGAAGAGAACCUUCAUGAACUGAUAAGUGCCUAUGCAGGAGUUAUCGAAUGUUCUCAUCUUGUUGGUUGGACAGGAUGGGGAAAAACAUACGAAGAAAUUGGAAAGAACAGGUGUGAAGAUCCCAUUCUCUAUUCAGACCCAGAGGACAUGAUCACUGUGGCUCAUUUGUAUUGUGUUAGCCUCGCUUUCAGACUGGCAAUUGGCGGAUUGUCAGCGGCUAUCAGCUCAGGAGAGCACGCCCUCGAUAUCGCGAAACAAGUUCAUGAUCAGCAUAUGAUGGCAACCUGCAUUCCUCUUCUUGCUCAGAGCCUACUCUUCACAGCUAAGAUUCCUGAUUGCAUCGAGGUUCUUAAGGAGCUAAACACCGCAGCAUUGGAAUCUUGUGACUCUCAUGGCCAAGCGCUUUAUAUAUGUUGUUGCUUUGAUCUGAUCCUUGAGGCAGAGAUUCAUUUCUGGCAUCUAAAUCUUUUUUUUGCUAUUUUACAAUGUCUGGUAGGUUGGCAACUGGAGGACGUGGACAAAAUCAUGCAAUUUACAACACAAAUGUCAACUGAUCCGGCUUUCUCGUCUGAUGUGGUGCCAAAGUUUUAUCUCAAUGCCUCUCUGGCACUGUGGUACGUGUUAGUUGCACGUUUUGAUUCUCUUGGCCUAGAGCCUUCCAAAUUCGAGGGGUUUAUGUCUGUUCAUGGCUUUGUUAAGAUUGUGGAAUUUUGGCUGCUAAAACUUCAACACGAAGGCAAAAACAAACGAAAUGAACAUGAAGUGGAGAAGAACCUGAAGAAACUCAAGGACGCUCUUGGUCAUCACCCAUUGUUUGAAGCUCGUCGACUUCAUUUACUCGCUUAUCACAAUCUCUUGCUUGGUAAGAAGGACAAGUGUAAAGCCAAGCUACGCAAGUGUUGCGCCAAGAGUAAGGCCAUGGGCAUUUGGCUCGAGGUAGAGUGGGCCAACAAAAACAUGAAGGAAUGGUUCGAGCAAGGAAGGGAGUCUAGAAACGUUUACCACGGCACUUCCAUGUUCGCUCUGCCUAAACCAACUGGAACUUGAUUGCCUCACUUUCUACAUCUC